AUGCUGCCUAGCACAUUCGAUCUGUUAAAAAAUCGUCUUGGGCCUAUUUUAGCGGGGAACACUGGUAAUAAACCUUGCAUCCCUGUUCGUACGCAAUUGCUCGCUUCAUUGUGGCUGUUAGCAACACCAGAUUCUUUCAGUAUUCUCAGUAUGAUGGGAUGUUGUUAUACUAGAUCUGUAGGUCUAAAACAUGAUCUUGCAAAAUCGUCUAUGAAUGUCAGCGUCCAACGAGUUGUUGCAGCUCUCAACGACAUUGCAAAAGAUAUUAUUAGGUGGCCAACAGGAGAUUGUCUUAAUACUGUAAAACAAAAGUUCCAGCGCCUUUCUAAUAUGCCAGAUGUAAUUGGUGCGAUUGAUGGCUGUAAUAUAAGCAUUGAGGCUCCUAAGGCAGUGUGUGAUUCGGAACUGAGGUUUAUUGAUUGUUUCGCUGGCUACCCUGGUUCGGUGGGUGAUCGACGCAUCUUCCGAAAUUCUGAUUUAUUUCUGGAUGCAGAACGUAAUGUGAAUGCUCUCUUCCCAAAUGGUGAAUACAUCAUAGCUGACAAGGCAUACCCUGUGUUGUCAUGGUGCAUUCCUCCCUACAUUGACAAUGGUCGCCUAACACAAUGUUCGCCCAUCACUCCACAUAAUCCAACGAACUCCCAGAAACCAAAGAACAUAAUCCUUUCGAAGGCAUCGAGAGGUGUCAUGGAAUCAGGUUCAGUGACCUAUGUAUGGAAGCGCUUCAUAGUACAGAAACGCUUCAAUACAACACUAUCAAAGUCCAGACAAGUCGUUGAACGUUCUUUUGCACUGUUAAAAGGAAGAUUUCGACGACUGAAGCAUUUAGAUAUGAAAAGGACAGAUUUAAUUCCAAGUUUCAUUCUUGCUUGUUGUGUAUUGCACAACAUUUGUCUUUCUGGGCUUGGAGAGGUCCAGGUAGAAGACAAUAACGUUGAUGAUUUUAUUGGAGAAGGUUUU